UUAUGUGUUGUAAAAAUAACAUUGUUGUAACAGUUUGUAAAUUUAAUACAUAGCGGCGCCACCUACCAUAUUGAAAAAGGUGCUUUUUGAUUUUUUUUAAAUAGUGACUUUUUGUUAGACUUUGACGUUUUAUGUUUGAGAAAUUUAUUUACGAGAACAAAUAUUAAGAUGAAUCAACAAUGCAAAGUUUGUGGUGAACCAGCUGCAGGGUUUCAUUUUGGAGCAUUUACCUGUGAAGGAUGUAAAUCAUUCUUCGGCCGAUCAUACAAUAACUUAGGCUCAAUAUCCGAAUGUAAGAACAAUGGAGAAUGUGUAAUAAAUAAAAAAAAUCGGACAGCAUGUAAAGCGUGUCGAUUACGUAAAUGUUUACUAGUUGGUAUGUCAAAAAGUGGUUCACGCUAUGGACGUCGAUCGAAUUGGUUCAAAAUCCAUUGCUUACUACAAGAACAACAACAAGCAGCAGCUCAAGCAGCUGCCGCCGCUCAAAAUCAUCAAUCACAACAAUCGGGUGGUCCAAAUCAACAACAAAAUCAAUCACGAAAAACACCACCUCCACAUCAUUUUAAUCAUUCAAGUCAUCAUCAUCAUGCCCAAUUUCCUGGGCUAGGAUUAUUGCCACAUCAAUUUGGACCACAUGGUCCACUAUUAUCACAUUUACCACGUACCAAAGAAGAAUUAUUAUUAUUAGGACUUGAUGAUUAUCAUCAUAAACAUUCGACAAGUCCAUCAGUGAGUUCACCAGAAUCACAUAAUUCUGAUUCAUCAGUUGAAAUCAGUGAUGCAAGAACACGUGGUCUUACACCGUUAUUCCCCGGUUUAAUUCCACCCCACUUUUUACCUCCACCUGGUUUGCUAUUUCCUGGUGGAUAUUCACCGUUGUACACGGGAUUAUUACAACCAACUGCCGCAUCCAUGGCUGCAGCCUCUAUGUUAAAUAAUAAUAAUAACAAUAAUACAAAAAUAUCUCGAAACAAUAAUCCAGAAGUGUUUAAUAAGCGAGUAUUUUUGGAUGCUGUGCUUCAAUCUCAACGAAGUCCAACACCACCCGACGAGGAUGAUGGAUCAGAUGAACCAGAAGAUCGACAAACGCCUAUCAAAACGCCAAUAGCUGCACACACACCUCCAUCAUCUGUGACAUCCGCACCAGCGGUAGUAAUUUCAGCAUCAAUACAAGACGAUCCAAUGGAUUUAAGUAUGAAAAGUGAACGGGGAUCAUCCCCAGCAAACAGUGAACGUUCUAUAACCAACUGUUCGACAGCAACGUUAGAAGAGAACGAUGUACAUAGUGAUAAUGAAAAUGGUGGGAUGGGUAGUGACCGUGAUGGGGACGAUCGGGAUCUUAGUGAUAAUGAGGAACAAGCAUUUAAAAGACUUAAAUUAAUUCCAAGACCUACACCAUUAGAUUUAACAACCAAAGUUUAAAAAUUUGAAAAAACACAUUUU